UGGUAGGAGCCAAAGCUGCCAUGUUUGUUAAGGGAAGAGGACCUGAAGGGAACUGACAACUUUUAAACUGGGCGCCAGAUGCUUGCCACCAGAAGUGGACCCUGAAUAAUGGCAGCUUCUGCGUCGACACAGUCCGCGACUGGUUUUCCAGCUGAGGGUAGAUGCAGUUACUACGUGGAAAAGAAGAAGCGGUUCUGCAGGAUGGUGGUGGCUGCGGGAAAAAGGUUCUGUGGUGAACACGCUGGAGCCGCGGAGGUCUGGUAUCGCCCUACCCUCCUGAGAGUCGGAAAUAAGUUUCCCGGUCCGGUCGGUGCUGGAACCUGGCCCCUUCUCUCUUUGACAGGAAGAAAAUACUCGGAAAAGAAUCCUGUGUCCUUUAGAUCCAAAACAGACUUCUUUAUGCAGGAUAUUAAUGCAGGCUUAAAAGAUGAAACAGAAAUACCUGAACAGCUAGUUCCAAUUUCUUCUCUAUCUGAAGAGCAGUUGGAAAACUUAAUUAAGAAAUUGAGAAAAGCAAGUAAAGAUUUGAAUUCUACACUUGAAGAUCACAUUAUGUCCCACCCAGCAUUACAUGAUGCCCUUAAUGACCCUAAAAAUGGAGAUUCUGCAAUCAAGCACCUAAAGCAGCAGGCUUCUAUUUUAGGUAACAUUGAAAAAUUAAAAUUACUUGGCCCAAGAAGAUGCUUUGUUGAGUUUGGAGCGGGAAAGGGAAAAUUAUCUCACUGGGUUGAUAUUGCUUUAAAAGAUGCUGAAAAAGUUCACUUCAUCCUAGUAGAAAAAGUAACCACAAGAUUCAAGGUAGAUGGUAAACACAGAAAGAAAAAUUCAGUGUUUGAAAGACUUCAAAUUGAUAUUCAACACUUGUGUUUGAACAAGAUUCCUGUUCUAAGAGAAGGAAAACUACCUGUGGUAGGAAUUGGAAAACAUCUCUGUGGUGUGGCAACAGAUCUUGCAUUACGAUGUUUGGUUGAAACCUAUGCUGCCAGUUAUGAGGAAAGGAAUGAAGAACCUUUAGCCAAACGCAUAAAGAAUGAUAAAACAGAAAAAGAAAUUAACACUUUGACCAAGGAAGGAAGUGAAAAAAAUGUCCCAGAGAAGUGGACUCCUGUGGCUGGCAUUGUUAUUGCACUCUGUUGUCACCACAGGUGUGAUUGGAGACAUUAUGUGGGCAAAGAAUAUUUCAGGGCACUAGGCCUUGGAGCAGUGGAAUUCCACUAUUUCCAGCGAAUGAGUAGUUGGGCGACUUGUGGGAUGCAGAAAAUGGCGUUGGAAGCUUCAAAUAUUACCACAAAGAGAAGAGAUGAUCGGAUUGAUGAUAGUGAAGAGCAUGACGGUGGAGAGAGCAGAAUCACAGAUGAGAGCACCGACCGCUUACCUGGGCUUCUUACUGUUGAAGAAAAGAAGAAAAUAGGACAUCUUUGUAAAUUCCUGAUUGACCAAGGCCGUAUCCAGUAUUUAGAGCAGAAGGGAUUUAAUCCUGCUUUACAGUACUACACAGACCCUUUGGUGUCUUUGGAAAAUGUAUUGUUAACUGCUUUACCAAUUCAUUCUUCAUCAGCAGAAACAACUGCCUAAUGGAAAAGAAAUUUGAAUAUCA